AUGGCACUGAGCUCGCCCAGUCUCUAUCAAGACGCUCCCGGUCUGGAGCUACAAAGUGACGUUCUGGCUUCCGUUGAGCAUGCCCAUCCUCAAGCAGCAUCUCAGCCACAUGACACACAAGCGCACGCCUGGACCAGCACAUCUGGCGCUCGCCAGCUCCACGGCUCUCAACAUACCAGUUCCAGACCCAGAGGAGUACAAGCAGAUAUCGAAGCUCCGACAGGCAUCCUAGAUAGUGGGGGAGGGACGAGUGAAUCCAUCUCAUCUAGCGCCGACCAACCUGUCCUCCAACCAACCGAGUCGUACGGAGAGCGCUUGACACGAGUCUUGACAGGCGAUGCUGACAAUGCCAGUGACGCAUACUUCGAUGACGAGCAUGGCAAAGGCGGCGAAAGCAGUGGGCCGUCGCGAACAAGAAAGUUGCUACCAUCGAUCGUUUGCCGAAGACGACGAAUUAGCGUCAGAACCCGACAAAGCAACACACCAAAGCGGACCAGCAUCCGACAGAGAGCAGAAGAGCUAGCGACCAUGGCAGAUUCCGAAAAGGAGGCAAGAGUCAAUCCGGCAAACAGCAGCACUGCGAAGCAUGUGAGCAGCGAGCCGCAACGCAUCCAGAUGGUGGGAGAAGACGGCAAGCCCAUGCGACGGCAUGGCAUCAGAGAGCGUGUGCUGCAUUUCACGCCGUCGUGGUUUUCGGUGACAAUGGGAACGGGUGUCAUCGCCACAUUGCUCAAUUUGCUUCCUUGGCCAUCCAUCCAUUCCGGCCUACGAUAUCCUGCACUCUGCUUCUUGCUCGCCGACAUUGUCAUCUUUGUGCUGUUCGUGUGCGCGUUUUUCGCCCGGUACCUCAUGUACCCAGAAGUGGUGCCACUGACCAUCAAGCAUCCUCAAAAGUCAAUGUUUCUAGGCACGCUACCCAUGGGUCUGAUUACCAUCAUCAGCGGUAUCGCACAGCUGGGGACGACCGAGUUCAAGCUGGGGAUCGGCUUUGCCCUUGCAGCCAGUGGACUGUGGUGGGCCGCUACAGCGAUCAGUCUAGCGACGGCGAUCGGUGUACCGUUCAGUAUGAUGACGUAUCAGAAGCACUAUUUCGAAGGCAUCACUGCAGCGCUUCUGCUUCCGAUUGUACCGCCCAUCACGGCGGCAGCGACAGGCAGCGUGUUGGCGGAAAUUCUGAUGCACAGAUAUCCAACGUACGCGUUUACCAUCAUGGUGGUGAGCUACCUCGUGCUUGGCAUCGGUCUACCACUGGCUCUGCUCAUCCUCGUGCUCUACUUCCAACGACUGCUGCUGUUCAAGAGCCCGCCGCGCGAUGUCAUCAUCUCGGUCUUUCUUCCCCUCGGUCCGUGUGGUCAAGGCGGCGAAGCAUGCCUUCACCUCGGACGAGUUGCGCUCCACCUCUUGCCCACCAUCUCGACCCCGGCAUCUUCCUCUGGAGUGCCUCAGCUCUUCUCUGUAGGACAAGCGCUGUACGGUGCAGGGCUUAUCUCAGCCAUGUUGCUCUUCGGACUCGGCAUAUGGUGGCUCUGCAUCGGAGUUUUCACCAUCAUCCGCGAACUGAAGCGAGGCAAGCUAGGGUUCAACAUGGGCUGGUGGGGUUUGACUUUUCCUUUUGCCAGUUUGGCAAUUUGCACAGCCAGACUGGCGAUCGAACUGAACAGCCUCACGCUCAAGAUUGUCUAUACGGGCUUUGUGAUUGCCAACAUUUCAUUAUGGCUGUAUGUCGCCAUUCCGACAGCCAAGGGUGCUUGGACGGGAAGGCUGUUCAAUGCGCCUUGUCUAGCUGAUCUUCCGCUCAAGCCAUGA